GCUGCGCUCGAGUCAUGGUGGAGGUUGCGGUUCUGGGGAAAGGCUCUUAAAGAGUUGUACUACUUUUCAGCAUGUCGGUCGAACUCGAUUUAGAAAGACCGGAUUUAAUGGGUAUACGAUGCGGACCACUUCAGACGUAGCCUAAUGGUCACGAAAACGGAGGAAAAGUUGGAUCUUGAACGCUGUGGUAAAAUGUAACCCUUUUUCUUAGCGCACCAGUCAACAGCCCUGGGCAACAAAUAUGGCUACUUGGGUCUACUCUUCUUUCUAUUUGGGAUGAAAGGCGACACAAUUUGGCUAUGCACUACAAUCGCGGGACUACAACUCAACUCUUCCAAGAAGUGACCUAUCCAGAAAUGGUUACGGCUGAAAUGUAUAGAGAUCUUAAAGUGGUCAGCUGAUAAAACGUAGGCAACGCGGUAGUCGUGCAAAUAGCAGCGAGUUGAGAGAGAUGGAGUCUAAGCACAAAGAGUUGUUAGAUAAAUGCUACCAGAACUUACUGGAGUCAAUAACACAUGCAGAUCGGGUCGUGGAGGUGUUGUCUCAAACUGGUACCCUCACCCAAUCGGAACGUUAUGAACUGGGUCACAACUGCUCGUCCAACUCGGAGAAAGUGGUCCUUCUCCUGAAAAUCUUGAUAAGCAAAGAGAGAGACCAUUUCAAAGACCUUUGCGCUGCCCUAGAAAAGACGCACCCUCACCUGAAUUCUGCACUUUUAAUGAACGGCGUUGGAGACGUAGAUCAUUCAUCUGGGUCCACCUACAGUGUUUUGUCUACCAUGCCAUCUGACUCUGAAAGCAGCACUUCCCUCAGUAGUGCAGGUACCAUGGGUCAAGCCUCGUCCCCUCCUCCAGCCCAUAUGGAGAACCGCCACGGUCAGAUGAGUGAGAAGAUGGAGGCGGUUCUGUUCCAGCUGAGACAGGUGACCCGCGAGAGGGACGAGCUGCGUAAACGCCUGGCCUUGUCCUCGCCCGGCACCACCUUCGAUGACUGCAGGCCCAACACCAAGUCAGGCCAGGACUACGAGCAUCUGAAGCUGCAGUGUAUGAAGGCCAUGGUGGACCUGCAGUCCUUACAGAACCAACACAGCACAACACUGAAGAGAUGUGAGGAGGCCGUGAAGAAAGCUGACUUCUACCACACGCUCCACAGCCGCCUGGCCGGCGAGCAGUCUCCGCUGAAGGAGGAGCUGGAUGCUGUGAGGCAGGACAACAUCCAGCUGGUCAGAGAACACAACCAUGUGAAACAGAGCUGUGAGGAGAUGAGGAGACUACAUGAUGAGGACCAGAGACAGCUGGGAGACAUGAGGCUGCUUCACCAACAGGUGAUGAGAGAUGGGUCGUCAGAGAUCCUCAACAAGCUGUAUGACACAGCUAUGGACAAGCUAGAGGGCACCAAGAGAGACUACGAGGCUUUGAGGAAGAGGUUCAAUGAGAAGACAGCCAACCACAACACAGACCUGAGCCGUCUGGAGCAGGCGGAGGAGGAGAACAGGAGGCUACAGAAACAGGUGGAUAUGUUGUUGAAGCAGAGAGACGCUGCUACACACUACCAACAACAGUACUCUACCUCUAUGAGGAGGUUUGACUCGACCCAGGCGGAGCUGUCGAAGGCUGCAGUGCAGAACAAGGAGCUACAGAGAGAGAUGGAGCGGCUGCAGACAGAAUCCACACGGCUGAAGACCCAGCAGCUGAAGGCCGUUAAGGACUGUGAGAAGUACAAGGAGGAGAGGGACUCGGUCUUCAAUGAGUACAGACUCAUCAUGAGUGAGAGGGACCAGGUGAUCACAGAGGUGGACAAGCUCCAGACAGGGCUGGAGGUGGCUGAGGCCAAACUGAAGAAUACCUCGUCAGAGAAGAGGAUGACCAGCGAAGAGAUGGAGGCACUACGUCAGGAGCUUGGCUCGGCGCUGAUCGACCGAGACAGAGCUAUCUGUGAGAAGAAUGAGCUGCUGGAGAAGUGCUGCCACGAGGUGAAGGACAAGGCUGAGGCCCAGAAGGAGUUGAGCCAGGCCUGUAAAGACAUCCAAACCAUCCGGGAGGAGAGAGACGUAGCCCGCAAGGAGAGGACAGAGGCCAUCAUACAGAGAGACCAGCUACUGAGAGAAUACUACCAGACUAGACAGAAACAAGACUCGACAACCCUGGACAUGGAGCGGGCCAACAAGGAGAUAGAGGUGCUGAGGAAGCAGUAUGAAGCCAUGUCUCAGGAGCUGAAGGAGGCGACGCAGGAAGCAGAGGUGGCCAAGUGUCGACGCGACUGGGCCUUUCAGGAGAGAGACAAGAUAGUGGCAGAGAGAGAGAGUAUUCGAACGUUAUGUGACAACCUGAGGAGAGAGAGGGACCGAGCGGUGAGUGACCUGGCAGAUGCAUUGAGAAACCUAGAUGAUACCAGGAAACAGAAAAACGAUGCGUCACGCGAACUUAAGGAACUCAAAGAAAGGAUUGAAGACCAGUUGGAAAAGGAGGCCAGUUUUCGUCAGCUGAUGGCUCAUAAUUCACACGAUUCAGCCAUCGACACAGACUCUUUGGAGUGGGAGACGGAAGUUGUGGAGUUUGAGAAAAACAGAGAGGACAUGGAUUUAAAAGCACUUGGUUUUGACGUUGCCGAGGGGAUAAAUGAGCCAUAUUUACCAGGAGACUGUGGGAUAUUUGUGAGUAAGGUGGACAGAGGAGGUAUUGCUGAAGGAAGGUUAAGAGUGAAUGAUUGGCUGUUGAAGAUUAACAAUGUGGACCUGACCAAUAAGGACAGGAAGCAGGUUCUGAAGGCAGUGCUGAGCGGAGAAGGAGUGAUCAAUAUGGUGGUCCGCAGGAGGAAAUCUCUGGGAGGACGCUUAAUCACUCCUAUUGAGAUCAACCUCACAGGAUACAAAGCCAGUGGUAUAGGGCUGGAGUGUGGGGUGUUUGUAGCUGGGGUCACUCCGGGCUCUCCAGCAACCAAGGAGGGUUCACUCACAGUCGGAGAUCGACUCAUCGCCAUAAAUGGAAUAGCACUAGAUAACAAGUCACUGUCUGAGUGUGAAGCUUUACUGCGGAGCUGCAGAGAUGCUCUCAGCGUCUCUCUCAUCAAGAGUUGCUCCGGCCAGAGUAUCUUUGAAAACCUGCGAGACGCCUCAGAGAGGACCUCCAACUGCCGCUCGCUCCACUCUUGGCACUCCCGGAACUCCAAGAACAACAACAGCUCUACCCAGACAGACAUGUUCUGCCCUGAUAUUGGCUCCAGUGGUGGAGAGAGACACAACUAUCCCAACAAAGACAGGAGUCAUAGCAACGUUGUAGCAGUAGACAACAACAGUAGAGGUGGCUCCAUCUGCCAGCACAAGCCGUUUUCCAGUAGCUCCAUGUACUCCCGCUCUCUAUCCCACAGGGGGAGCUGUCUGCAGCACAGCCCAGUUAGUUCAGGGCCAUUGGGGUCCCCAGAGUCCCACCAGGACUACUGCUACAGGAGAGGGGAGUCACACAGCAGACGACCUCCUACCUUCACCCCUGUGGCCUCCGACUGUAUUACCCUGCAGAGCACGCUGCUGGACAGAGGAGGAGACCGAGACAGAGGAGGAGACCGAGACAGAGGAGGUGACAGAGACAGAGGAGGUGACAGAGACAGAGGAGGUGACAGAGACAGAGGAGGAGACAGAGGAGGAGAGGAAGGACACACCACUACUCCAGAGAGAGAGAAGCCGAGCGGAGGCACCUGGCCUAAAGUCUUGGUGGGCGCGUCCAUCCUCGAGUGUGCCCAGCUCUCCAUCUAUAAGAAGCCCAAACAGAGGAAGUCCAUCUUCGACGCAGACACCUUCAAACGGCCCGAGGCGUCCUCCAAACUGGACUACCUCUCCUUGUCCCAGCUAUCAAAACACUCCCCGCAGGACUCUCAGUCUGAGGUGGGGCCAGGGGUGGGGAUAGGGCAGACCCCUCCCACCCCACCUCAGAGGAGCGAUUCGUUCAGGUUCAAACAUCGCCAGCAGAUCAGCUCUGCCUCGGACUCCACCAUCACCACAGGGACAGGCACCCCUCCAACCCCCCCGGGCCAGGCCCCAGGUGGCCUACCCCUGGUGGGCAAACAACAGGAGGGGGGGGGGCUGGAGGGUCGAGACAGAGACGGAGAUAGGGAAAGGGACAGAGAUGGGGACAGAGACAGAGAGAAUCGAGACAGAGACGGGGACAGUGAGAAGCACAAUUACUACAUAGACCCUCCUGGAGAGGGGAUGCAGCCAAUCAUCAGCUCCAGGAAGUCAUGUGAUGAGGAUGUAAGCAGGCAGAGGGGGGAGGAGCUGGACAGGGACAGGAGAAGGUACCGUCCCAAAUCAGCCCCUGCGUUACGCCGGAACAUGACCCCUCUACACAUCCACAUCCCUAUCCAGAGUUUCUCUAAUGACGAGGCGUCUCCAGAGCCGGUGGACUUGGUGCGUUUCUCUCCCAUGCGCUCUCAUCGUUACAGCAUGCCUUUGGUACCACCAGGAUACAGCAGCACCAUGACUGCACACCCUGGACACAGAGGUCUAGCCCCGUGUCCUGCUGUCACCGCUGUGAUGAGGAACCCAGUCUAUACUGCCUGGAGCCAUGACGUUCACACAAACCACAACUGUCCUCCUGCACCCACCUCAGGCAACCACUCACACUCUCACCCCAGUCCCCAGCACCAAGGUCGUCUGAGCCUGGAUUUGAGCCACAAGCGGUCUGGUGACUUAACGUCAGAUUCAUCACCCUGUAGCCAGACACCACACAGCACCAACUCCCUGCCCUCCAGUACCAGACUGGGUUCCUCUGGUAAUUUACAUUUCCGGCACGAGCGUAUUAAAAUCCCCCCUACUCGAUACCCACGGUCUGUUGCAGGGUCUGAUAGAGGGUCCUUGUCCCACUCAGAGUGCAGCUCCCUGUCCCACUCCACUCCUCCCAUGUCCCCCGCCAAUCUAGAGACAGCGUCCUUUGCCAGCAGCCAAUCACAGAGCUCUAUCUCCACCAGCGCCACCCAGCCCAGGAUAUCAGCCAGCCCUGCCUUAAUAGGGGACCGACGGAAGGACAGGCCCUACCUGGAGGAGCCCCGUAACGUGACGGUACAGAAGGGGGCAGAACCGCUGGGCAUCUCCAUAGUGAGUGGGGAGAAUGGGGGUGUGUUCGUGUCCAAGGUGACGGCAGGAAGCAUUGCACACCAAGCACGGCUGGAGUACGGGGACCAACUGCUGGAGUUUAAUGGGAUCAACUUGCGGAAUGCCAAUGAGCAGCAGGCGAGGCUUGUGAUUGGUCAGCAGUGUGACACCAUCACCAUCCUGGCUCAGUACAAUCCACACAUGUUCCAGCUGGGAAACCACUCUCGCUCCAGUUCUCGUAUGGAGUCCAUCAGUGGUCAGCCAACCCCCCAGCUCAGCGGAGCCACCACUCCAGACAAUCACUCCGUCAUCGACACCUUGAGUGAGCAAGACGAAGGGACCAUGACACCACCUUCUAAACAGACCACCCCAGCCACCAGCCCUCACAGCUCCUUCAGGCUAUCUUCUCCAGGUGCAGGCUCUCGCAGGGCCCCAGAGGUGAGGCUGGUGCGGCUGAAGAAACCCCAGGGAGAGUUGGGGGUGCAGCUCUGUGGAGGGAACCUGUAUGGUAUAUAUGUAGAGAGUCUGGAGGAUGACAGCCCUGCCAAGUGUCCCGACGGACUGGUGCCUGGAGACCAAAUACUGGAGUACAAUGGUGUCAACAUGAAGAAUAAGACUGCGGAAGAGGCUUACCUGGAGAUGUUGAAACCGGCUGAAACGGUCAUGUUCAAAGUCCAACAUCGUCUGGAUGAGCUCGCCAUGCUCAAAGACUCACCAGGAGAUGGGUUUUAUAUCAGAGCACUUUAUGAGCGAGUAGCAGAGAUGGAGCUGGAGCUGAGUUUCAAGAAGGAUGACAUCCUGUACAUUGAAGACACGCUACCAAAGGGCAACUUUGGCUUCUGGAUGGCGUGGCAGUUAGAUGAGAGCGCACGCAAGCUGGCACGAGGGCAGGUCCCCAGCAAAUACAUAAUGGACCAGGAGUUCUACAGGAGACACAGCAUGCCUGAUAUGAAGGAUGAGAGCGGUACCGCCAGUAAGACCCUCUCGGCUGCCGCUCGCAGGUCCUUCUUCCGCAGGAAACAGAAACACAAGCGCUCUGGGUCUAAAGACGGGAAGGACCUAGUGGACGCCAUCAGCACUGACUCACUGCCCAUCAUGGAGGAUGGUGUGAGCCUGGCCUACCAGAGGAUCCAGAAGGUAGAGUGUUCCAGCCCCAGACCAGUGCUGGUUCUGGGGCCCCUAGUGGAGGCUAACAAGGACAUGCUGGUGAAGGAGGCCCCUGGGAGGUUCUGUCGGUGUCUACCUGAGGUGAUGAAGGCAUCUCAGCAGGCGAUAGAACGAGGGGUGAAGGACUGCGUCUUCAUUGACUUCAAACGAAGGAGCGGCCAUUUUGAUGUCACAACUGUUGCUUCCAUCAAGGAAAUCACAGAGAAGGAUUGUCACUGUUUACUUGACAUUGCUCCCCACGCCAUCGAACGGCUUCACAGCGUUCACAUCUACCCAAUUGUCAUUUUCAUUCGCUACAAAAAUGCAAAGCAGAUAAAAGAACAGAAGGAUCCUCUAUACUUACGGGAUAAAGUCUCUCAGAAACAUUCCAAGGAGCAGUUUGAGAUGGCACAGAAAACUGAACAGGAGUACAGCAAGCUCUUUACAGGUAUCGUCCAAGGGGGAAGCCUGUCCUACAUUUGCACUCAGAUCAUGACUAUAGUGGACCAAGAACAAAGUAAAGUCAUAUGGAUUCCUGAUGGAGCUUUCUAGAAGGUUUCUAGGUGCUUCUAUCUAUGUAACACUUCAACCCUUAACAAGGAAGGUUGGGUAUAAUACACUUAUCCACGGCUAAAUGUUAAAAACUAGUCAACAAUAUCACAUCACUGUUGUUAUAAUAGUCAACUAUGAGGCUUGUGUCCCAAAUAGCACCCUAUUCCCUAUGUAGUGCACUACUUCCCCAAGUAGUGCACUAUAUAUAGGCAAUAGGGUGCUAUUUGGGAUGCAGACUCUGAUAUACUCUCAACAUAAUAACACUCAUCUGAAAGAUGAAGAUUCAUAUAGCACUGAUUUGUCUCACACCCCACAAAUAGAAGUAAUAAUCCCACUAUAAUGAUGAUGUCAUAGUGAUGCUGUAUACUUCAGACAGGCCUAGAGAUUCGUUUACACUAGUAUUUAAUAUUGUAAUGCUUUUUUACUUGAAUGUUUGUCCCUUAACUCCACUAUGGCACUCCUUGACUCUUCCUGUUCCUAUGGUUCUCAAUCAUAUGUCAGAAUAGAAGUUGAUGCAUGGAAUAGAAGAGAACAACAUUUUAGACUUGUCUCAGACCUGUUUGUGCUGUAGUUGUUAUCAUGACGUCACAACGGAUCUGGGAUCAGUCUAGAAGACCAUGUAAUAACCAUGAUGAACUAUAGUUAUGGCAACAGGCUCAACAUGGGUGCAGCAAGUUUUUCUUAACAGAAUGGAAUGGACCACUGUGUUCUCAUCUUUAUGUAUGUUUUCUUUGUCAUUUCAAUUCUCUAAUCCCAAUCUAAUAAUGUUGGUUAUGAACCUUCCUUUAUAGCCUACAAAUGUAGCAGUUAGUGAACAGAAAUGAUUGUGUAUGUUGUAUUUUUUUCCCUCUGUUGUUUGUCAUAUAAUUUACAUAUUUAAAGACAAAAAUGUAUGACAAAUUUGCAUGAUUCUUUUUUUUCCCAAGUUGAUGUAAAUGACAGACGUUUGUUUUACAACCCACUUACUGUUCUCAAUGCAAAAUAUAUAUAUACGUUUCCUUCUGUAUGUUGUGCCAAACUAAACAGAUUUGUUCUGCACCAUUUAUCCUUCAACCUAGUAAUGCUUGAACACUAAGAAAUGCAAUAAUACUUUACCGUAGGUACGAUAGUUUCACCAUGAGAAAAUGUAUGUGUUGUAGAGUUGUUCCAAUGUUCCUAACAUUUCAUACAUUUCCUAAUGGGCAUCUCUAUUACCCGAAAUGUAGAAUUUAAAAAAGGGAUAUUUUAUUUCUGUUCUUUGAAUGCACCAAAUUAAAAGAGGAUGAAUUCAUAAAUUUCAACAUUAUGAUAAACUGGUAAAUUACUUUUCCUUUUUUCUCUAUAAUAUUUCAUCUUCUCAUGUUGGUUGAAACACAAAAGUAGACUAUAGAUAUAACUUCACUUCUCAAUGAAAUUAUAUUAUUUGUAUCAUAUGUUAAGAAAAAUAAAUACAUGUGGGGAACGCUG